CAAAAGGGGAGCGCAGUAGCGCACAGAGACGGAUGACAGCGGCUUCACUCCGACGUCAACCUUCGCAUCUUUCUCUCUGUACUGCUCAAACGAGGAAACGAAUCGUAGAAAACGAAAAUGGUGGAAAAAGAAGAUCCAAUUUCAGAAGUAGCUGAAGACGAAGAAGAUUAUGAUGAAGAUGAAGACGAAGAAGAAGAGGAACCACCAGUAACCUCGCAAUCGAGGAUGCGAAAUGACAGGGAGAGAAUGGAAGGACUUCUCCGGCGAAUGUCAUCGGAAAGAGUUCCGUUGAGAGUCCACGACGUGAUAAUUAAAGGAAACAACAAGACUAAGGAAUCGUUAAUCGAAGCCGAGGUCCAAGCCCUAAAGACUGUCACAUCGAUGCAAGAACUUCUUCAGGCAGCCACGAUAGCAAAUGCGCGGCUUCAGAAACUUGCUAUUUUUGAUUCCGUAACUGUCACGCUUGAUUCAGGGCCGCCUGACUUGCCUGGGACUUCUAACGUGAUUGUCGAAGUUGUCGAGUCCAAAAACCGGGUUACUGGUGAUAUUGGCAUUUUUACGAAGCCGGAGGCUAGAUCCUGGUCACUUGAGAGUUCACUAAAGCUUAAAAACAUGUUAGGGCAUGGAGAUAUCUGGGAUGGUUCGUUGUCUUAUGGCUGGGACCAAACAUCAGAAAUUAGUACUGGUGUAGCUUUGCCCAGAUUCAUGAAAUUGGUGAAUCCUGUCACGGCCCGUGUAUCCCUUCUUUCUCAAGAUUGGCUGAAGUUCUCCUCUUACAAGGAACAAGCACUGGGACUAUCUCUUGGCUUACUAUCCACCAGGAACCAUGACCUAGCAUAUAAUCUCUCCUGGCGCACCUUAACUGAUCCAUCACAAAUGGCUUGUAAGUCAGUCAGGAGUCAGCUUGGACAUAAUUUGCUGUCACAUUUGAAGUAUACAUUUAAGAUCGAUAAAAGGAACUCACCUCUUAGACCAACAAGAGGGUUUGCUUUUGUUUCCACUUCUCAACUUGGUGGCAUUUUUCCUGAUUAUCGGAGCGUACGUUUUAUCCGCCAGGAGUUCGAUCUCCGGUAUGCUUUGCCCUUAGGUUUCGCUCGUGCUGCCAUAAACUUUGGGGUUGCUGGUGGUGUUAUAUUCCCAUGGGGAGGUGGAUUCGUGAAUACACCCGUAUCUUUACCUGAUCGAUUCUUCUUGGGUGGGAAUUCCUCCCCUGUUUGUUCAUUAGGAGGCCCAACGUCGUUACUGGGUUUCAAGACGAGGGGACUGGGACCCAGUGAGCCAAGAAGGGAAGUUGGUGAGAAAGCUGGAGAUGCAGGUUUUGACCCCUCUUCCGAACGGGACUUUCUUGGUGGAGAUCUUGCUGUUACUGCCUUUGCAGACCUUUCUUUUGAUCUUCCAUUGAAGGUGUUGAGAGAUUCCAAUAUUCACGGACAUGCAUUUGCUUGUGCCGGGAGUCUUGUCAAAUUAACGGAGAACUCGUUCCGAGAUCUCUCGUUUCAGAAAUACCGAGACUCGUUCCGAAGAUCUGCCGGAUUUGGGCUUAUUGUACCCACUAAAUUGUUCCGCAUGGAGGUCAACUACUGCUACAUAUUAAGACAACAUGAACAUGAUCGUGCGAAGACUGGCGUGCAGUUUAGCUUUUCUUCACCAUUGUAGAACCUUCCAUUCUUCUCAAAGCGGGCCACCAAUCUCGAGUUUGACAGGUAUACUUUCCGAUGAACCUCGUAUUGCCUAAAAUUUUCUCAAGUCGUUGGACAGCAUGAGAGUGCUUGUAUUCUUUUUAAGAAAAAAUACAAGUAAUGGUAAUAAUAAGAUUCAAUAUGCAAACAACUGUUCUAUUCUUUGGGGUAGAGCUUAGGUCCAUACAUCAUAUAUGACCCCAUUUUCGGACGAUAUAAGCUGGGCUCCAUUGGUUUGGUAAUAAGACGCUGUUUUGCUUAAAGAAAGGCCGUGAAAUUUUCCAGUUGAGGUUCUGACUGCUAUUUUAUCGUGUCAAUCGGUAAUGGAAUCAAAUCGUUGUUAUCUGUUUACGAAUU